AGGAAAAGAAGCCAUCGCUAACGUUUAAUUUUGUUGUGUGUAUAUAUACAAAUGCUUGGGAAGCAGUGCUAUGUAGGGACUUCGCUUCUGAGUUUGCCAUUUAUAUUAUGGAGAAGCAGUAUUGUGUGUCACCAGCAGUUUUAGUUAUAUUACUGCUUGCGACAGUUGUACCUUCUUGUUCUUCUUCCACCGGCUCUAGACACUUUCAUUUCAAUGUCCAGUGGAAGAACAUAAGUCGUUUAUGCAGUAGAAAAGAAAUACUGACAGUGAAUGGGGAGUAUCCAGGACCAACAAUUGCUGUAAAUGAAGGAGAGAAUGUGGAGAUUAGAGUUACCAAUGGAGUUUCUAUAAACACCACCAUUCACUGGUAAGUUGCGGCC